UAUUAACUAUCUUAUUGAAGCUCUUCAGUCCAUCAAUGAAGUAGAGCUUGAAGAUGUGAUUGAAAAUGUCAUUGAUGCCAUUGAAAAACAGCCUUUGACAUCUAAUAUGAUUGAACAAUCCACAGUGGAAGCAGCCGUCCAAGAAUGUAGCCAAGCAUUAGAUGAAACUGUAGAAAAUGUUUUCAACAUUAUUGGGGCCUUCGAUAUUCCACGUUAUACUUAUAACUCAGAAAGAAAGAAGUUUUUACCUCUGUCAAUGAGCAACAUUCCUGUGCCAAAUUUAUUUGGAACUGCCAGAGAUAAAGCAGAGUUAUAUCGUGAACGCUACGCCAUCUUACAACAGAGGACUCACAGACAUGAGUUGUUUACUCCUUCAGCAGUCGUCAUUCACCCAGAUGACAGUAGGAGCAAAUUCCAGCUUAAAACAGUGGAAACUCUCUUGGGCAAUACAACUAAAGUGGGGGAAGUGAUUGUGCUUGGGAUGAUAACUCAGCUCAAGGAGGGGAAAUUUUUCCUAGAAGAUCCUACAGGAGUUGUCCAGCUAGACCUUAGUAAAGCACAGUUUCACAGUGGUUUAUAUACUGAAUCAUGCUUUGUUUUGGCAGAAGGUAAGGCAGAAUAUUUUUCCUAAUUGUAAUAAGUUAUUCUGUACUUGGAAUGUUGCUGCAAUUACAUGUCUGCUAGAUUUG